CGCCAUCGAUUCGAAACAUCGCAGCGUGGCAGCCGCCGGCGGAUCCGACUUCUCCCUUUGGGGAGGGGGAGUAGCUUCCUACCAUUAGGACCCAGCUGAAGCUCUGAAAAUAUUUGGUGGCAAAGAUAUAUAAAAAUUCAGCAAAUCCAAAACGGGGCAAAUACUUUUUCACAGCAUGCCAGCUAUCAUGACUGGCAGUCAACCACAGCCUUGUGGUGUGUGGAACAGAAUGCAAGAAGCUGACAAGAUUGAAACCUUGAAUCCAGAAUGGAUUUGCCAACCCAGAAAUGAUGGCCAAAUUCAGAAUGAUACAGAGCAAAAUGAUUGUGAAGAUUGUGUUGAUAACCUUUUUGAAGAAGCUCAGAAAGUUGGGGCUGUAUCUACAGAGCAGGCUAAACUUAAAUCGAAAGCUGAUACAAUUAUUAAAUUAUGGAAAAAUGGAUUUACAGUAAAUGAUGGUGAACUCCGAAGUUAUACAGAUGUUGCAAACCAGCGCUUCUUGGAUUCCAUUAAAAACGGGCAACUGCCUCUUGAAUUACAGAAGAUUUGUCAUAAAGAAGAAGUGGAUGUGAAGGUGGAUUAUAAGAAGGAUGAGUUAUAUACAUCACAGAAACCAGUAUUCCAUCCUUUCUCUGGACCAGGAUAUCGAUUGGGAAGUGCUACACCAAGAAUAAUUUCCAAAGUAAAAAAAAACCUUGAAGAAACUGAAAAGAGAAAACCGACAGUGGUGCUAAAUAAUUCAGAACCUAUUACUAGUAUCCAGAUUUGGUUUGCAGAUGGAGCAAGGAUAGUACAAAACUUCAAUAUUUCUCAUAGAAUAAGCAACAUCAGAGACUUCAUAAUCGAUUACCAGAAACAUCAAGGAAGAAGACCCUUCACACUGACUACAUCACUUCCUUUCCGGGAGUUGUUGAAUGAAUCUCUUACACUAGAGGAAGCUAACUUAAAAAAUGCUGUUGUUGUGCAAAGACUUAAAAAUAAUAUUGAGCCUUUCCGGAGUUUCUCUUCCUAGCAUUCUCCACCUAAUGGAUAGAACAGUUGCGGGAAAGGCCUUGGAAAAGUGGAAGAUGAUGUCCACGGAAUAGGUCCCCCACUGCAAUUGUUUCAGUGUACAACACCUGACUGUCAGUUGAGUGAUUUUACCUGAAUCCCCCCUCAUGAAUAGCAAUAACUCCUGUGUUUUAUGUGAUAUCUACAGUGCUCCUUUGAAAGGGCACACAGUGUAUGCUGAACUAAAGCUACCCCAAAGUCUUCUCUAUUUUUCGUUUGUUUGUUUUAAACAGCCAGGCAGAGGGUAAUAGAGCCAGCCCUACUGAACUGGGUAUUCUGUCACCAGUGCUCAUCCGUAAUGGGACGCUGUAGGGAAAACCUUGAGUAUCUGUUUACGAUUCAAGUUGCACACUGGGAAAAAUGAACUUUUAAAAGCACAACUUGACUUCAUUCUCGCUGUUACAUGUUAUCAUUUUAUAUAUUUUAUUUGAUCAGUGCUACAGUAUGAAAUUUAUGGAAAUUAAUAUAUAAAAUUCAUUUAUAUAGAAAGAUA